GUCGACGGAGGCCGUCGUUAUCGGUUUGCGCGCUCGAUUUUCUAUCUGCUCGGAUCGUGCUCCCCGUUCUGCAAAUUGGAGCUUCAACUUCGAAAAUUUUGAUCUGGAAAUGGAGUUUUAGGGCUGAAAGUUGGAAUUUUGCCGCCGAGGAGUGAAACCCAGAGGGCUAAAUCUUUUUCUCGUGUUCUUUUCGCUAGAGGGUCGAUAAUGCUGGAGAGACCCUGUUGCUUCAAAUGGUUUCACAAUCUUUUUUUAUUAUCUGGGAAGUAUUGAUUUUCUCAUCGGCAUGGGUUGUCGGAGUUGUGGGGAGUUUCAUACACGGGUUUGCCCUUGAAGUUCAUGGAUCAUUUCAGGAGAAAGCUAUGGACAAUCGGGAUGAACUUGUCUGGAAGAAAUUUACUGGGGGAUGCUGUGUGUUGUAGAGUUUCUUCAUUUAAUCACUCUCGUAUUUCUGGGGCUGGGUAUUCAACUGCAAGACAAAAUUUUAAUGCCACAGGAGGUACUAUAAAUAGAAUAUUUGCUCCAUAUUGUGUAUAUAAGGGGAAAGCUGCACUCUCUCUGUCCCCGGUUCUUCCUACUUUCAGUAAAUUGGAGUCUGGUGCUGGUCUUAAAGUCGAUAGACACGGUGUCAUGAUGUUGCGAUUUUGGCCUGCUAUUGGUGAGCGCAAGUAUGAUUGGGAAAAACGACAGCUUUUUGCUUUGUCAGCCACUGAGACUGGAUCCCUCAUAAGUUUGGGUUCAAAAGAUUCCUGUGAAUUCUUUCAUGAUCCUUCAAUGCUGUCCAGCAAUGCUGGUCAAGUGAGGAAGAGCUUGUCAAUUAAGCCUCAUGCUGAUGGGGGUGGCUACUUUAUUUCUCUGAGUGUUAACAACAAUAUUCUGAAAACGAAUGAGCGAUUUACCGUCCCUGUUACAGCAGCUGAAUUUGCCGUCAUGAAGACAGCAUGUAGUUUUGCUUUGCCUCACAUCAUGGGUUGGGACCGGUAUACCAAUAACCAGCGGCAGGGAGCAGAGGAAAGUCCCUCGAAGGUGGAUAAACAAAUUCUGGAUCUGGAGUGGGAUAAAUGAAUGCUCAAAUGGUGGUUUCACCUUUGCUUGAAACACUGCAACUUUUUUGUAAAAAUCUGCGCCAACCAGUUGCUUAGCUCCAGUUCUGGGUGUUCGAUAAUGUGUCAUGAUCAUGUAUCGCUCCUUGGUAUGUUUUGGAGAGUGCGUUCUGAUUAUAUUUGUAUGCGAUUGAAUUGACAUCCUUUUCACGUACGACUUAUGUUGCAAUCCAGUUAUCUACCAUGAGCUUUCAUUGGCUCCUUUUGGAGGCUUCUCAGAAGCUGUUCGUUGAUGAUUGUCUU